GGCUUGCCCCCCACCCCACCUUGCCCACUCGGUCUGGGGGGGCUCGUUAGGCAAAUCACCGCGCCGUCGGGUUCUCUCUCAUCACUCCCGGCCGCUGGCUAUCCCAAGGCUGUCUUGUCGUCGCCGCCUUGCGUCUGUCGCAAACGAAACCUGCUCGUCCGUCCCCGAUCAAAACAGCCCCUACUGCUUCCAUCUCAACCGCGCAGCGCCUCUGACUCGGGUCUCGCGCCCUGUGCCUCGGUCCGACCCCUUCUCUCACCCGCUUCUGAAGGCCACCUGCUCAGGACCCCCGUCCAGCCCCCCUGGCAGGCGCGAGCAGGCCCAGCAGGCCCAGCAGACGGCCAAGCUCUGGACCGUGACGACGCUCCUUGCGCCUGACACUAUCCAGCACACUGUCCAGCUCAACACCACGCUCUUGACAUAAACCCGGCGUCUUCUUGCCGGCGCCCACCGAUCCUGCGACCAAGGUCCAGAGCAGUAGCCCUCCUGCCCUGGGAUAGAGGAUAGAGCAACCAAACGAAUGCCUAGGUCAAGCUUCUCAGAUAACCCAUUGUUACGGGUCUCAAGACCCGUAUCCGCAUGCUCGAGAUGUCGAGCUGCGAAGGUGAAGUGUGAUGGCAAGCUUCCUGCUUGCACCGCCUGCGAGAAGGCUGGCCGCGAGAACGAGUGCUCCGCUGCCAACGACCAGUUUGCUCGUGGCAAGGAGCGGAGCUAUGUGGCCGCGCUCGAGCUGCGCAUCGAGAAGCUGGAGCGGCGGCUGAAUUAUGCUCGCUCGCGGAAGGCCUCGGUCGCUAAUCACGAGCAGGAUGGGCCGCUGUCCAGGGCGCAGCCCCAGGACCGCAAGGACUCGCUCGCGAACAUCAGGGCAGCCAUCCACCGUAAGGCCGAGCGGAAACGAGAAAAUUCCGAUGUCAACUCUUUGAUAUCCGACUUCGGCUACAUGUCCAUCAAUGCCACAACCCGCGACUUUGAGCCCACUCUCAGCAACAUGACCUUUGCUCGUCUCAUCCUGGCGGCUGUGACCAACGACCCCUUGCCCGAGCCGCAGUCUGCGAAUCUGCCAGACAAGCAAGCUGCUCAUACUGUUGUUCAGUACUACAUGAACAAUAUUUACCCUCUGUUUCCGCUGUUCCCCGGCACGGUGCUACUGUCGGCACUCGAGGACAUGUACCAGCAAGAGCGCCACGUCAACAGCGCGAGCAAAUGGCUUGUGUACAUGGUGUUGGCCACUGGUUCCAUGGCCCAGUCGCGGAGCACCCAGGACGAAUUCUACAAGAACGGCGUGGAAUUCGCCUCUCACGCCCUCCAACUGGCCGAUCGAGCUCUUCAGCCUGGCCAUGCCACCCAGAUACAAUCCCUUGCAGUCUUCACUCAGUACGCCAUGCUGGACCCAGCGCAUUUCGACAGCUGGCACUUGAUUGGAUUCACGUGCCGUGCCGUCGUGGACCUGGGCUUUCAUCAGGACCCGCCAAGUCAGAGCCAAGCCGACAGGGCGGCGCUCGAUAUGAGACGCAGGACCUUUUACUGCGUGUACGCACUGGACAGGGCCAUCAGUAUGGUACACGCCCGCGCCUUCUCUUUCAGCGACGAUGCUAUCAGAGUUGACCUGCCAGCCAUGUCUGGCAUAGGGCGGAUAGCCUCUGUCGCCGGCACAAUUACGGGUCCACAAUCGCAUGACCCUGCCAUUCUUCUGUUCCAACUACGCCGCAUCCAAUCCCAGUGGUACCAAACCUUGAUCCAGUCCGAUCCUAGCCAGCCUAUCGAAGGCCACGAUGGAGAUGUCACUUCUUUCAUCUGGCAGAUGUGUCAGGACAUGCGUGAGUGGGAUGAGUCCCUUCCCGAGACUUUACCUAUUGGCAUCCGGGAGCUCUUCGAUCUCGAGUUGAAGUACAGCUACGUCUAUUGCUUAGCACCAAGCGCCCGUGCCCCCGUCAUGACCGCCUACGGGCGGAUGUUGAUUUUUGAGUACGCCAUCGCCUAUCUUGACCACAUCUAUGGCAUCGCGCAUGGAAGUCCAGACCCCAACCCGUCGCUCUACACUUACCAUGAUGCGUUGAGGGUCUAUUUUAUGGGAAGCCAGUUCAUGGCAGUCCUGCGAGACGCCGGUGACUCCAUCCUCGCAGGCGCGUCUGUCCCAAUGCCCAUGGCUUUGCCGGGAAGGGCGCCACCGCCGCCCUUUCCCACACGGACCAGCAACGAUGACAACUUGACGAGGAGCAUUCGCUGCCUAGAGCGGGUCAAGUUGACCCUACAGAAAUAUGGCGAGAGGUGGACCGACGCGCAGAGCUUAAUGCAAAGCUUCAACACGAUUAGUGAAGACCUCUUGGACAGUCUCAAGUCGAAACAGCAGCAGGGCUUUCAGUACGCCGUUGCGGCGCAACAGGCCCAGGCUCAAGCCCAGGCACAGGCUCAGGCCCAGGCACAGGCACAGGCCCAGGCCCAGGCUCAGGCCCAGGCUCAGGCUCAGGCUCAGGCCCAAGCACAAGCACAAGCUCAAGCUCAAGCGCAUGCUCACAUGCACCAUCAGCAUACUUACCAUCAAUCGCCGCCGCCCCGCCAGUACCAACAAAUCCCAGGCACAAUGCCUGGCCACAUGCCACUGCCGGGAUCAGGUCAAAUACACCCCCAGAUGCAUCAUGGACAGUAUACUAUGUCGAUACAGCAGCAGCCGAUGUAUGUAACAACGAGCCCGCCAAUGCAACAAAUGCAAAUGCCUCCCCCUCCCCAGGGGGCGCCAAUGCAUCAUAUGCCCCAAAGGGGCUCACCUAACCAGGACAUCAAGUGGGAAAAUGUCGACAUCUCGCAAAUGAUGGGUGGAGGCGGUUUGUGAGGCAGAGCGUUCGGUCUUCUACUCACCUUGUCAGUGUGUGCUUGAUGCAGCAGUGGUGAGCGAAAGAUGUAUCCUUUUCUUGUGGGGUUUGGUGCCAAGAGGUGGAGAAACAUGGUUCACAGUGAUGUCUACGCUAUUUGUGGGAUAUCUCAUCAUGGUUAACGAAAUGCAUUGAUUGGAGUUGCAUUCUGUCUCGGCUCGUUUCUACUGACCAAUUUCGUGAUUCCGAUGUGGGUCUUGCAUGGAGUAUCCCCAUGUCCCGAAGCCGUGCAUUGUGAACAGUAGUCAAG